AUGCAAAUCUCAACUCUAGCAAUCAUUUCUCUGGCUCUUUUGACCCUGACCCACGCUUUAGGAGUGCCUGGAUGUGCUCCAAGUGGAUCUAGAUCAGAUGGUUUCAAAGUCAACGUAUACCCUUACCAAAUAUUGGACAAAUCGUUAAUGGCUAGUUUGGAUUAUGUCUCUACAGGUUAUAGAAACAGCCCUUUGCUUGACACCAUUCCUUCAGUUGACGAUAUCAACUUUCGCUGGCAAAAUCCAUAUGGCCCUGCUGAUAUUGAAUACUCAGUAGUGGACAAACUUUAUGGAGGUCCAGAGGUCACUAUGACCAACUUUACCAUGGAGCUUACUGGAUAUUUCCACUCCGUCGAAGGAGGUGACUACACUUUUAAAUUGACCGAAAUUGACGAUUCCGCAGCAGUUUUCAUUGGUGACGGUACAGCUUUUGAUUGUUGUAAAGACACCCCUACCAUCAAUCCUUCUGAUUAUCAAAUCUUCACUUCCAAGGUAUGGCAUGGAGAAACAGGAAAUACACAGGCCACAGUAGAAUUAGUCGCUGACACCUACUAUCCAAUUAGAAUUGUCUACACCAAUGCUGUUUCACUUGCAGCCUUACAAUUCUUUGUUACUAAGCCAGAUGGCCAAACCACAGAAGUCCACUCCGAGGUUUUUGUUUAUGACGAAGAAAGACAAAACUGUCCUGCCCCAUCAUCUGCAAUUCCUUCUUCUUCCGAACCACCUAGUUCUUCUUAUGUUCCAUCUACAUCUGCUCAUGUGUCUUCCGAAAGCACGACUCCUCACAUCACCACCGUCACCACUCCAUGGACUGGUACUGAUGUUUCCACCACUACCUUGACUCCAUCUGGAUCCGACGGUACUACCACUGUUGAAAUCUUGACUCCAACUCCAACUCCUUCUGGUCAUAUCACCACCGUCACCACUCCAUGGACUGGUACUGAUGUUUCCACCACUACCUUGACUCCAUCUGGAUCCGACGGUACUACCACUGUUGAAAUCUUGACUCCAACUCCAACUCCUUCUGGUCAUAUCACCACUGUCACCACUCCAUGGACUGGUACUGAUGUUUCCACCACUACCUUGACUCCAUCUGGAUCCGACGGUACUACCACUGUUGAAAUCUUGACUCCAACUCCAACUCCUUCUGGUCAUAUCACCACUGUCACCACUCCAUGGACUGGUACUGAUGUUUCCACUACUACCUUGACUCCAUCUGGAUCCGACGGUACUACCACUGUUGAAAUCUUGACUCCAACUCCAACUCCUUCUGGUCAUAUCACCACUGUCACCACUCCAUGGACUGGUACUGAUGUUUCCACUACUACCUUGACUCCAUCUGGAUCCGACGGUACUACCACUGUUGAAAUCUUGACUCCAACUCCAACUCCUUCUGGUCAUAUCACCACUGUCACCACUCCAUGGACUGGUACUGAUGUUUCCACCACUACCUUGACUCCAUCUGGAUCCGACGGUACUACCACUGUUGAAAUCUUGACUCCAACUCCAACUCCUUCUGGUCAUAUCACCACUGUCACCACUCCAUGGACUGGUACUGAUGUUUCCACCACUACCUUGACUCCAUCUGGAUCCGACGGUACUACCACUGUUGAAAUCUUGACUCCAACUCCAACUCCUUCUGGUCAUAUCACCACUGUCACCACUCCAUGGACUGGUACUGAUGUUUCCACUACUACCUUGACUCCAUCUGGAUCCGACGGUACUACCACUGUUGAAAUCUUGACUCCAAGUGGAUCAACUUCUACAGAAACUGAAAUUCACACAACUAUCAUUACCGUCACCUCAUGCUCAGAUAAUAAAUGUACUGAAGUACCAGUAACCACCGGAGAAACAGUUGUCACCACUACCGUCGAUAGUACCACGUCUGUUUACACUACCUAUUGUCCAUUACCCUCCAGCAUUAAUGAAAGUUCGGUCACCGAGACUCAUGCUUCCACUGUUGUUGUUACUGUUACUUCUUGUUCAGACGGAAAGUGUUCUGUGGUUCCUACUACUACUGGAGAAGUUGUUGUUGUAACGACUGUUCCAGGGUCUGGAGUUAUUUCAUACACCACUUAUUGUCCAUUAUCAUCUUCACCAGCCGGUCCUGCUCCAUCUGGUGCCGCCCCAUCUGGUGAAUCCCCAGCCGGUCCUGCUCCAUCUGGUGCCGCCCCAUCUGGUGAAUCCCCAGCCGGUCCUGCUCCAUCUGGUGAAUCCCCAGCCGGUCCUGCUCCAUCUGGUGAAUCCCCAGCCGGUCCUGCUCCAUCUGGUGAAUCCCCAGCCGGUCCUGCUCCAUCUGGCGAAUCCCCAGCCAGUCCUGCUCCAUCUGGCGAAUCCCCAGCCGGUCCUGCUCCAUCUGGUGAAUCCCCAGCCGGUCCUGCUCCAUCUGGUGAAUCCCCAGCCGGUCCUGCUCCAUCUGGUGCUGCCCCAUCUGGUGCUGCCCCAUCUGGUGCUGCCCCAUCUGGUGCUGCCCCAUCUGGUGCUUCUCCAUCUGUUACUCCUUCAGAGAACUCAUCCGGAAAGUUGAUUUCUUCCUCCUUUUCGGUUCUUGCAGCCAUGGUUGCUAUCUGUCUCAUUUAA